ACGUAGAUAUAAAUCAUUCAAGGCUGAAAUGUGUAUAUUGAAAUAAAUCUCGGACCGAUCAGUAAAACGCUCAGAAUAUUCAUCAUAUAUUUUGAAUAUCCCUGUCUUUCAACCGAAUGUGUGGAAUAAAACAGCAGCUGUUUUCGGCACAAUCAUAUUUUUAUCGCCCUGCGCUUGCGUAGUCAUUCAGUUAGAGAAACAUCAUAAAACGGCAUGUAAACGAGAAUGAAGAUUUUGCCGUAUUCACACUUAUCAGCAAUUCAACUACACUUGAAUGCAUUCGUAUCGCAAAUGCAUACAUCUUUCGUAUAUUUCUUGAUUAUUAUCUCAUGCCGCUGUGAUAGACAUAUCAUCGUAAAGAAGAACAACAGAAGGAAGUGUCUAGCGGAUGGGUCACAGCUAAAAGUGAUAUGGUUUACAAACAGUCCGGUUUCAACUGCAGAAGGAAUAACAACUGACGAGCAUGUGUGCAUGUAUGAAAACAUUAAGGUCUCACGUGAAAUUCGUGAGCAACGCAGCGUGUUUAGAAAGCCGAUCAUUCGAAAGUAUUCCUGGUCCUCCUAGAAUACCUUUGAUUGGGAGCUUAAAUGACAUCAUUCACCUUGGUAAUCCAAAAAAGUUGCAUCUAACGAUAUCAAAACUCCACGAGACGUAUGGAUCGAUCGUCCGACUGAAAAUAUCUGACACCAACGCUAUUUUUAUAAAAGAUCCUGCGAUGAUGAGGAAUGUAUUUGCACACGAGGGCAAAUAUCCGAAGCAUCCGUUACCACCAGCUUGGACAUACUUCAAUAAUAAGCAUAACUGUAAGCGUGGUUUGUUUUUCAUGGAUGAUGAAGAAUGGUUUAUAUACAGAAAAUUAUUGAAUCGUCCCUUAAUGCGAGAUACCAGCUGGAUGGUGGAACCUAUCAAGCGAGUUUGUGACAAAACAGCCAAAAAUCUAUUCGAAGCUGAAGGCGCCAGCAGAGGAUCGGUUACCGUAGAUAAUAUAGAGGCAAUUCUGUAUAAAUGGUCAAUAGAAGUAAUUCUCAGUCUGAUGCUUGGCAGUUCCUAUAACCAAGGAAAUGUUGACAAACUGGAUGAUUUAAUUGACAGGUUCUCCCAAAUAGUAUAUCAAAUAUUUUUGUACAGCUCUAAAUUAAUGGUCAUACCCCCUGCGCUCGCUGAUCGGCUACAGUUAGACGCAUGGAAAAGUUUCGAAAGAAUAGUGCCGGAGACCUUAGACAUCGCAAAUGGAAUUAUUGAUAUCGCAUUGGACGAAAUCAAACGUAGUGAUGGAUUAUUAUCGGAAUUGCAAAAUUGCAUUCAUUCACGUGAAAUCAUAAAGAGAAUAUUUGCAGACUUUAUCAUUGCAGCUGGAGACACGACCUCGUUUGCAACUUUAUGGUGUUUGUAUCUGUUGGCUGAGAACCAAAAGAUUCAAUCUCACAUUCGUAGCAGCAUCAAAGAUGAUUAUCAAGAAUCACCAUUAGUACGUGGAGCGAUUAAAGAAACAUUGAGACUGUUUCCAAUUGCGCCCUUCAUUGGCAGAAUUCUUGAGAAAGAUGCUAAAAUUGGAUGCUACAAUAUUCCUCAACAUACUCUUGCGUUACUUUCCCUAUAUAGCGCAGGAAGGGACAGCAAAAAUUUUCAUUCUCCUCACGAGUUUCUACCGCAACGAUGGUUACGUGGGGACGAUAACAGGCAGCUAUUUUCACCUUUUAAUGCAAAUGCUAGUUUACCAUUUGCCAUUGGAAGUCGUAGUUGCAUUGGACAAAAGGUUGCUCAAUACCAAAUGCAUUUUCUCAUUUCCAAGAUUCUCAAAUACUAUCAAGUAUCAGUACUCAAUAAGGGACAAGUCGAUGCAGAACUCAAAAUGGUUACAGUACCAAAUGCAAACAUCAGGCUGGUCUUUGAAACUAUAGCAGAAUAAAAUUAAGAUUUCAUUUACUGUUUAAUGUUAUAAGUCAAGAAAUAUAUUUUUUGUAUUCAAAACAUA